CAAUUACAAAGAAAACUCGGCAUGAAGAGGAGUUAAACGAGAGGUUUGCCACAAGUUCUGUGUGCUAUAAAACAUCGUAUGUUCCCGCCAAAUCUUUCUGUCCGCAUUAACGGCAGAGCUCCCAUAGAGAGCCCCUCCAUUUUACCAGACGUCACUUUUAACUUCACCCCGCCUUUCCUCAAGCACUGAGCCAGACACAACGAACGAACAAUCCCAUCCUCUACGCUAAUAAACGUAAAGUGGCUAAUUCAAGCUUCAAUAAAUAAUCUUGUAUAUUGGCUGUGGUUGGAUAUGACAGAUAACGCCCCUGCUAAACCGCGCGGUGCACCAGCUACCGCAGCAGUACCAGCCAGCCCAACACCACGACAAGCCGUACCGACAACACCUUCGACACCCAGCACCAAGGUUCCUCCUCACAGGUUAAGCUUUACAGACAACCUUCGAAAUGGUCCAGGCUCGCCUCGCCAGCGCAAUCCUUCCUUGUCCCAGGCCGCCGUGCAGGAGCUUAUGAAUAAUCCGCCCCCAAACAAGCAAGCGAACCCAAAGUUUGUUGGUAGGGAGUGGCGGGAUGUCAAGGUUGGAGAGCUUGUGGAUGCAGGUGAUAUCCGUUGGGCUGAGAUUGAUUCUACCGUCGAAGAAGCUACGUUGACUUUGAUGAAGAGCCCCAGAAGCGUUGUGCUGGUUAGAGAUUCAACAAAUACACAGCUAGCCACUCAUGUUUUCGACUUCAGCCAUCUCAACACAUAUCUGCUGACUGUGGUAGGUCUUGCUAAACCAGAUGGACACCAAGCCGCCUUAAGUAAAGAGAUUAUGACCGCUGCACAAAGGGGCGACAAGAUUUCUCUCCGUCAGCUUCAGCCGCUUUGCAACAGCGAGCCUCUUAUUCAGCUGCAAGCAGACAGUAAUCUUGCUCAAGCUAUUGAGGUUCUUGGCAGCGGAAUUCACCGACUUUUAGUAACAGCUGAAGAUUGUGCUGUGGUUGGGGUUAUGAGCCAGCUACGUAUAAUGGACUUUUUCUGGAACGAGGGUAUCAACUUCCCCAACAUCGAGUCGUUGUAUCCCUCCGUACUUCGAGAGCUUGGUGUUGGAACACACAACCCGAUAUCGGUCAAUUCUGACGAGCCCCUCCGUAACGCUCUAGGUAUUAUGAACGACGAGGGACUCACGAGCAUCGCGGUUGUCGACAGCGGACGGAAUGUCGUUGGAAAUAUUUCUACAAAAGAUGUCCGCCAUCUCACUACUACCUCCAGUGCACCCUUACUAGACGACACUUGCAUGCACUUUAUCUCUGUCAUCCUGAACGAGCGGGGUGUAGAAAUGGGACGCGAUGCCUUCCCAGUGUUUUACGUCAACCCUCACUCAACAUUAGCAUACACUGUGGCGAAACUGACCUCUACGAGAUCACAUCGUAUGUGGGUAGUAGAAUCCGCGUCGCCAUCUGGCUCCAUCCCAAAUACACCUUCACUUGCGCCAACAACACCAAUGUCCUCCUCCUUUAUUCACUCUCAGGAUUCCGCAGCCUCGCUUGGCGCGAAUCCCGUAAUCCCUGCCUCUGCUCUACCCGGUGCGCGAAUUUCUGGAAAGCUCAUUGGUGUUAUCUCUUUGACAGACAUUUUGAAUAUUUUUGCCAAGUCAACUGGGUUGCAACCGUCCGAUCCUGGGGAGCAGCGAGCUCGCCGCCGCCGCAGCUCCAGCAGCUCGGUACGGCCCAGUAUCGACGCUGGGCGACCUAGCGUACGAUAAUCAAGUAUGGCAAUACCUUUCGGGGUUCUAUAGUAAUAUAUUUUAAGUGGGAAAUGAAAAUUUAUCUUUACUUUAAGC